CUGGAUUCAUUAGAAAACUCCCACUUCACACUGCAAGUUCAACUCCACAUUUACACACUGGACUUUGAAAUAUUCCCAGACUCUCCUGGGAUUUGUGUGUUUUAGACGGCAGACUGAUCUGCUCCUCUGUGUUUGUCUCUUCUGAUCGAGUUAAAGGACAUUAUUAUCAUCAUCAUUAUGAGUAAAGAAGCCCGUCCGUCCUGGGACAGUCCCAUGCAGUUUGUCCUGGCGUGUGUGUCUUAUGCUGUGGGACUCGGGAACGUCUGGCGUUUUCCGUAUCUCUGUCAAAUGCAUGGAGGAGGUGGUUUUCUCAUCCCGUAUCUGCUGAUGUUGGUUCUGGAGGGGAUUCCUCUCUUCUGUAUGGAGCUGGCCAUCGGUCAGAAGAUGCGUUUGGGCAGCAUCGGCGCGUGGACGGCCAUCAGCCCAUAUCUGGGUGGACUGGGCAUAGCCAGUGUUGUGACCUCCAUGUACCUGUGUCUGUACUACAACGUCAUCAACGCCUGGAGCUUCUGGUAUCUCUUCCAUUCAUUUCAGUCGGUGCUGCCGUGGGCCGAGUGUCCCAUCAACACCAACCGGACGGGGUAUCUGGAGGAGUGUGAGGUGGCGUCACCCACUCAGUACUUCUUCUACCGCGAGACGCUGAACAUCUCGUCAUCUAUCGAUGAGAACGGAGGCAUUCACAUGGGGCAGGCACUCUGUCUGCUGCUGGCCUGGAUCAUCGUCUACCUCUUCAUCGUCAGAGGUGUCAAAUCCACCGGCAUGGUGGUUUAUUUCACAGCUACGUUUCCGUACGUGGUUCUGAUCAUCUAUCUGAUUCGAGGCGUCACUCUUCACGGAGCCUGGAAUGGGGUCAAGUACAUGUUCACACCUAAACUGGAGCAGCUGGCGAAUCCUCAGACGUGGAUCAACGCGGCCACUCAGAUCUUCUUCUCUCUGGGUUUGGGCUUCGGCUCCUUGAUCGCUUUCGCCAGUUACAAUCAUCACAACAACAACUUCGAGAGGCAGGCGGUGGCCGUCUCGCUCAUCAACAGCGGCACGUCUGUGUUCGCCAGCGUCGUCACCUUCGCCAUCUACGGCUUUAAGGCCACGUUCAACUACGAGAGCUGUUUGGAAAGGAUGAGGCUGCUGAUGCUCAACACGUUCGAUCUGUCGGAGGAAACCAUCAGCGCUGAGAACGUCACAGAGUGGAUUCAUCAUCUGAACGUCACCUAUCCCGAGAAGUUUGCGUCCAUCGCUUCAAAGAUCGAGGACUGCAGUCUGCAGGCUGAAUUGGACACGGCGGUGGAGGGCACGGGUUUGGCGUUUAUCGUGUACAGCGAGGCCAUUAAGAACAUGCCGCUGUCUCAGCUCUGGUCGGUGCUGUACUUCGUCAUGCUGCUGCUCUUAGGGAUGGGGAGCAUGCUGGGAAACGUCACGGCCAUCAUCACGCCGCUUGGAGACAUCAAGUUCCUGUCCCGCACGCUCAGCAACGAGACCAUUAACGGUCUGGUUUGUCUUCUCUGUUUACUCCUGGGUUUCGGUUUCACCAGCCGAUCAGGAAACUACUGGUUCACCAUCUUCAAUGAAUACGCGGCCACACUGUCGCUGCUCUUCAUCGUCUUCAUUGAAGUGGUCAGUGUGUGUUACGUCUACGGACUGAGAAGGUUUGAGAAGGACAUCGAGGACAUGUUGGGUCAUCGGCCGAACUGGUACUGGAAGGUGAUGUGGGCGGCCAUCAGUCCUCUGCUCCUCUUCAGCCUCUUCAUCUUCUACAUCAUUAACUACAUCCAGGGUGGGACGCCCACUUACCAGGCCUGGGACAAAAAUCUGGGUAAGUCGGUGGUGCAGGAGUAUCCGGUGUACGGUCAGGCGUUCAUCGCUCUGCUGCUGGCGUCGUCGCUCAGCUGUGUGCCGCUCGCCGCUCUCUACGCCGCCUGCAGGAAGAAGCAGCGAGGAACGUCGCUCCGCCAACACGCCGUCAACACCGUCACGUCCACCGUUUAGACCGCGCAAACACUCGACACAGGCCAGAACUGCAUCAUUCUCAUUAUUCUGUGAAUUCAUAGAUUUAUAUCUGAUCUGGAGUCCAUGCUUUAACAUUUUCAGUUUUGGUUGGUUGUACAAUACAGUUAAUACAGAACUAUUAGGACUUUUUACAUUUAUAUUUCCUUCAUAACUAUGAUUGCAGUUAUUCAUUAGAUCAUGCAAUGCAUUAUAAGCUGCAUAAUUAAUGCAUUAAAUUAACUUUAUAAUGCAUAUAAAGGCUUUAAGUAGAGUGUUAGUCUUAUUACUACUAAAAAACAACAAUGAACAACAGAUGAAUAUCCAAACACUAAAUAUCUGGACUGUGAACUGCAUUUAGUGCUGCAGAUUGAGAAUGUAAACACUGUAAAUACUGUAAAAUAUAAAAUAGUUAUUUUAGAAAACAAAAAAAAAAAUUGUAUAUUUCUCAAAUCACAAUGUUUUAUAUGUCUGUGAAAUGAACAAUGACUGUGAUGUUUGACAGGUAGAAAAUAUUACUUGUUUUUGGAGAAUAUAUAUAUACACUACCGUUCAAAAGUUUGGGGUCAGUACAUUUUUAUUGUUUCUUUUUUUUUUUUAAAGAAAUUAAUACUUUUAUUCACCAAGGAUGUAUUAAGUUAAUAAUUAAAAGUUAAUAAUAAAUAAUUUACAUUGUUAUAAAAUAUUUAUAUUUUGAAUAAACACUGUACUUUUUAAACUUGUUAUUCAUGAAAGAAUCCUGAAAAAAAAAAAAAUCACAGGUUCCAAAAAAUAUUUGGCAGCACAACUGUUGAUAUUAUCCAACUUUGAUCAUUCUAAUAAUAAAUCCGCAUAUUAGAAUGAUUUCUGAAGGAUCAUGUGACACUUAAGACUGGAGUAACAGCUGAUAAAAAUUCAGCUUUUCAUCACAGGAAUAAAUUCUAUUUUAAAGUAUGUUAAAAUAAAAAACAUUAUUUUAUAUUGUAAAAACAUUUUGCAAUAUUACUGUUUUUAUUCUAUAUUUUUAAUCAAAUAAAUGCAGCCUUGAUGAGCAUAAGAGACUUCUUUAAAGACUAUUACAAGUCUUACUGACCCCAAACUUUUGAACGGUACUGUAUAUAUAUGGGUCAAAGAUGUUAAAGGAGUCCACUUCCAGAACAACAAUUUACAGAUAAUGUACUCACCCCCUUGUCAUCUAAGAUGUUCAUGUCUUUCUGUUUUCAGUCAUGAAGAAAUUACAGU